UGCCAUUCCCCUUCGAAAACCACCUCAACCGAACAAGGCCUCAAGCAUGGCAGGUUCUGCCGACUUCCAUGGCCAAGGUUGUUCUCUUCAUUGAGCAAGGUGCACCAGCUCCUCUUUCACCAUGUAGUCAUACCUGCACACGGUUCAAUAACCUUUGAACAAUCUGAUUCACCGAUUAUUUGGCGGUAGCGCAAUUAAACAGGGGAGGAAGGAGUUGAAAGUUCAGUAGCGUUAAUGUGAUUGGGUUCAGAAUGCAUUCCACACUCUCUCCACGCUCUUCAUCUCCAGCACAGGUUCUGCGACUGCUCCACUGCUUAGCAGCAGCCAUGUCUUGCGUCUCCUUCUAGGUUAGAGAGAAAUUGUGUGUGAUUAGCAGGCGGCUGGACCAGGCGGAUUCCACAGACGGACGGAACUCAACUCGCCAUCUUCUGAGCGAAUUCAGACCCAGCGUCCCAGCCAAUCCGAUAGUGAGGGCAGAGCAGGAGGAGGCACGCGUUGAAGCCGCGGGCACCCAUGGAAACGCAUGAGCCUUCUGGUCAUCGUCUCAGCGACUGGGUUCAUGGAGGGCAGCAGCACGUCGUCUCCUGGAGCGAUAUCAUUAGUGGGAUAGGCCGUAGCCUUUUCAUCAAAUGCCUCCUACGGCUGUCCAGGUCAGACUAUGGUUCCGUGGCAUGCUUGAACCGCGACUUCAAUUUGCUGGUCCGCAGUGGGGAGAUCUACUGCUUGCGUCGCAACAACGGCGUAGCGGAGUAUUGGCUCUACUUCUCCUGCAACCCUCUGCAGUGGGAUGCUUACGACCCGCACCGUGGGCGCUGGAUCCAAGUGCCCAAGAUACCACCAGACAAAUGCUUCAUGUGCUCUGACAAGGAGUCCCUUGCUGUCGGAACCGAGCUGUUGGUGUUUGGGAUGGCACACAUUGUGUACAGAUAUAGCAUCCUAACCAAUUCAUGGACAAGGGCUGAUCCGAUGAACUCGCCGCGGUGCCUGUUCGGAUCGACAAGUGUCGGUGAAAAGGCAUAUGUUGCGGGGGGCAGCGAUUCUUCUGGAAGAAUACUGAGCUCCGCGGAGAUGUAUGACUCGGAGACACAUACUUGGACACCCCUUCCUUGCAUGAAUAAGGCUAGGAAGUUGUGUUCUGGCACAUUCAUGGAUGGAAAGUUCUUUGUGAUUGGUGGUGUUACCAACAACAACAAGGUGUUGGCAUGUGGUGAGGAAUAUGACUUGGAGUGGCGGUCUUGGAGGGUCAUCAACAACAUGUCCGAGGGCCUCUAUGGAGUGGCAGGUGCUCCUCCACUUAUUGCCGCUGUCAACAAUCAGCUUUAUGUAGCUGAUUACAGUGACAAGGAUGUGAAGAGAUAUGACAAGCUGAAUAAUAGGUGGAUCACUCUUGGAAAAUUGCCUGAACAAUGCGUGUCAAACGAUUCUUGCGGCAUUGCUUUCAGAGCCUGUGGUGAUCGGCUGGUUGUCAUUGGAGGUCCUAGGACUUAUACUGGUGGCACGAUUGAGCUACAUUCAUGGAUCCCGGAUCAGCAACCGCCUGUGUGGAAUUUGGUUGCUAAACGGUCAUCCAAGAGCUUCGUUUAUAACAUGGCCGUGAUGGGUUGCUGAGUCCGCUGAAUAAAGAGCGAAUGUGGUGGAUAUUUAUGAAUAAAGAUUAUCCUCUGUCCUUCUUGAAUA